GUCAAAUAUUCGACUACUGCUACAGAAAAAAAAAUCUUCUCAUUCUUCAGGACUAUUAUUCAAUUCUUGUCAAGUUACCUUCGUCUAACCGAUCUCUAAUCGUCAAGUUCGAAAAGCCAAAAAAUAAAUUGUUGAAGCAAAUAAUUUCCCUUCUAGAAGCCGGGUUCAGCAACCUUUCAGAUGGCUCUUACCAAAUGACGUCAUGAUCGAAGAAAGAAAUGGCGGCGGCCGAAGAAGCUCUCCAGUUUUGCAAAAUCAUUAUAUCAGUCAUGUAUUUGUCUUGUUGCCACAACCUGACAAAAAAAUAUAAACACAACACACACAACUUUUUCAAAUAAGAUCCUUCAGACGAUCCCCUGUACUUUUUUGACAACUUGUAAAAAUGUCAAUUCCAUUAAUAAUUUGCAUUUUGGUUUCUUUCUCUUACACGUUCUAAUGGCAACAAUAUAUCAACGAUCCAGUUUUCAUAAAUGUUUUCAAAACUAAAACUAAUUGGUUUUAUUGACUAUAUUUCCCAAACUUUUUCUAAAAUCUGAAAUAGCCAAGUUUGACAGCCAGCAGAGUUACCAAAUGGCGAUGUUUCAUGGAGGGAGGGGAAGGAAUGUGGCAGAUAGAAGGAGCGGCUGUCUGUCUUAGUCAAGACUCCUCCCACACAUUCACGUGAGAAUAUGAUGAUACAAAACGUUUUUCAAUUAAUCUCUUUUAAAUGAGAAAAUGACGAAAAGGUCUUGUCGCCAAAUCCAUGAAGAUUAGUUAACGUUUCAUAUUAUCAAAGUUUUGUGUUGUGGCUAGAUAGCCCCGUGUGUAAGUCGGAGGUGAGCAGAUGAAAAGUGAAAAUGUUACUCUGAGCCUGUAUUAACUGUUUGCUUUGGCUGCCACUGUAUGCACUCGCUUACCGACACUUGUGCUGAAAUAUAAAACUAUGCAUUCUAGUUCCACUGUGAAGGUCUCUAACUUCAAAAUAUCACCCAGAAUUCAUAACUGGAUUUGACAACUCUUGGUUUCGUAGCCCAAAGUUGUUAAAACAGUAUUGCUAACAAGUCAUAUUCUGUAGUAAUGCCAACCGAUGGGCUGGACCACCACAGAUGGGCUGGACCGCCACUGAUGUGCUGGAAUGCAUGUUGGGAAAGUGAUGAGCAAAGAUGACUAACCAUAGUGCAGAAAGGGUGAGAAUCCACCAGCGCAACAUCCUUACCGCUCUGCCUCAGAGGCCGACAGUCAACAUGUCUCGCCGUUCAUCUUGCCGAAGCGGGAAUAAGGAUAACAUGCGAAAGCAUUCCUUGCUCUUCCACCGGGCUUCACCGUUUUGGUGGAUCCCUCGCUUUGACUCGGACAUCCUGGAGGGUCAAUAUUGGCGGAGCACGUUUCCACAAAUUCGUCUACGUUUCCAGCUCGCUCUGCUCUACGUGUUCAUCGUUUCGCUUUCCUGGUGUGUUUAUUUCAGCGCCGUCACAAUCCAUCAUUGGCUAGCCUUCGCCGUCUCCUGCCUUGUCAUGCUAUUCCUUUCUGCAUUGGCUUUCUGUCUUACGCUGACAUCAGUUUACCAAAAUCACCAUUUGCUCUUCUCCUGCCUUAUGGCCAUCUCCGUUUGUUUGGUGACACUUCCCGCCCAUUUGACGUGCCGACAUGGUACCAUUAUCGAAGGUGAAGUUUCUCCUGCCGGCCUACUCGCCUUGUCCAUGGAGGCCCUCUUACUUAUCUACACCGUAAUCCCGCUACCCUUAUACAUGUGCAUCGGUAUCAGCAGUCUCUAUUCCGUGGCUGUUGAGGCACUCUCUAUCUUUGUGGCGUCCUGCGAGACCAAUGCUGCCGCAACUCUUGUCCGAGCGUUACUUCACUUGGGCGUUCAUCUUAUUGGCAUUCAUAUUUUCAUUAUGACUCAGGUGCGAAUGCGUUGCACCUUCCUGAAAGUUGGACAGCUACUUCUCGUUCGUCGAGAACUAGAAGAAGAAGCACAAUUAAAAGAAAAAAUGAUUCGUUCUGUUAUGCCUCCAAAAGUAGCUGAUUGGCUAAUGAAAGACGGUCAUGGAGACGAUGACCUCGAUGAAGACAACGACGAUCGGUCUAAUGAAGACAAAUAUCGUGGCAGCAAGCUCUCGUCUGGAGUCAACGAUCAGUUACGAACCAUAUUCCGUCCCUUCAACAUGCAUCGAAUGGAAAAUGUCAGCAUUCUCUUUGCUGACAUAGUAGGUUUUACGCAAAUGAGCUCCAACAAAACGGCAGAACAACUGGUCGGGUUGCUAAACGAUUUGUUUGGUCGCUUUGACUUGCUGUGUGGUACACAUGGUUGCGAGAAAAUUUCAACAUUGGGUGACUGCUACUACUGCGUAGCAGGUUGUCCGGAACCACGACUGGACCACGCUGGAUGUUGCGUCGACAUGGGCCUUAGCAUGAUAGAAGCUAUCGGACGCUUCGAUGAGGAGCGUGGUGAGAAUGUUAGUAUGCGAGUUGGCGUUCACACUGGCACCGUACUAUGUGGUAUAGUCGGCGUCAAACGAUUUAAAUUUGACGUUUGGUCGAAUGAUGUCACUCUGGCUAAUCAAAUGGAGUCGACAGGGAAGCCCAGUCAAGUCCACGUAUCGCAGGCCACAUUUGCUCUACUAGACCAACAAGCCUAUUUCUCCGAGGAAGGGGCCGUCUAUCACGGUUUGAAAACUUACUUUGUUUUGGGUCGGAAAAACGAUUUAAACGUUGAAGAUACUACAACUGCUGAAUUUUCGGCUUUGUGGUUGGAUGAAACCGACCCCACGAUAUCUUUGCCGUCUGGUUCAGGUGUCCCUUCUCUUGUCCCAAUUAGCGGAAAUAACGUGAAUGCUAAUGCUAACAGUAAAAAAGCCAAUUCACUUCCCAGUAUCUUGGAUAUUUUGGAUGAAGUGCCCACUAGUAGCGAUAGCAAUUGCAACUUGCCAUGCGAUUCCGCCCCACUGAGAUCGUCCCGCUCUGUGAGUCAGGAUCGUAAAAAGAAAAAUAUCCAUUAUCAUGCCCAACGUUCACAGCAGGACGAGUUAUCUCCUUUGUCUGCAGCUCCGAUGUCCGUGGAAAUGCGAAGUAGCAAUGCGAUCGUCUGCCCGGCUGGUCAGAAUGGUAGAACAGAUGAAUUGUCGCUCUUCCCGUCCGUCGAAUCCUUCAUGAAAGCGCAAGGAGCUACUAGCACACCCAACACGUUGCAGCGCAGACCAACUGCCUCUACCGCUUCACAACUUGGCACAGGCGGUAUUGCUGAUAUGGAACGUUCACCUACUAGUAUGAGUCUGGCUCUCUACAACAAAGAUGAGCUGGCAGAACUGGAAGGUGCCGUAACAGAAAAUAGUGUCGGGCUUCACGCCAGCCUCAGUCGAUUCCAUCAACUUCGGAAACAAUCAGAUUUGGCCAUGAUCCGGUGCAUUCAAGAAGACGAGUCACAUCGUGUCUACUUUAUGCGUCCGCCUUUGAGUCAGGUCACACUGUUUUUCAUCGACGCUGCAAUGGAAAAGGAAUAUCGAGCUCGAGCUCACCAGCCAGACCAGCCAGGGGCCCGCUUAACAUUGGCCUCGCCAACUUACAAUACCUAUCUGGAUAUCUUAGUCUCGGCCGUCACUUUUGUGCUGAUUUCGGUGUCAUGCUUCGUUCAUUUUGAAUUUUCAUGGCCGUGGGGAGUCGUCUUCGUCUGGGGGGCGCUGAUUUUGUUGGCGACCAGUGUCGUAUUCCUGCACAACUUGUGUCGCGAGGAUGCAGUUGGCCGGAAUUUCUUCUCCAUCGUUCACAACUGGUGUACCCGCUGGUAUUCGUGGCACGUCUGCGGUGCUCUGCUCAUGAGCUUACCUGUUUUGGCGGUCAUGUCCAACUUUGGCUGUCGAGUAGUCGAAGAGAAGGAAGAGUCCAGUCGCAUAUUCUGGUAUCUCUUUUUCUUCAGUCUGGUUCAUUUUUGCAACUUUACACAACUCAACUGUUGGAUGAAGAACGCCUUAGCUGCCCUGGCCGCCCUUCUCCUUAUUGUCCUCGUCUCCACGCCCGUUUGUCCCUGCGAUUCCAUUACUCUCAACACCAAUUCCAGUGGCAGCAACGACGGAAAUCCCAACUAUGGAGAAACAGACUAUGAGAAAACAGAGCUGGCUUUAUGCUACGAGAUUAUUUUACACCUACUUCUGCUGCUGCUAUUGGUCUGUUUCUUGAAUCGAGAAUUUGAAAUCAGCUUCCGAUUGAGUUUCCACUGUAACACAGUGGCUGCCAGGGGCAAAGCCAAAGUGCAAAAUCUGAGAGAUCAAGCUGAUUGGUUGCUGCAUAAUCUACUUCCCCCGCACGUUGUCGAGAGAAUGAGAGCUCGCCCCGGUUAUUCGGAAAACCACCGCCAGGCCGGCAUCCUCUUCGCCAGCCUUGUCAACUUCAACGAGAUGUACGACGAAUCGUAUCUAGGUGGGCGCGAAUACUUGCGCGUUCUUAAUGAGCUUAUUAGUGAUUUCGACGAGCUUCUUGGCCAGCCUCAGUUCAAGAAUGUUGAUAAAAUCAAGACGAUUGGUAGUACUUACAUGGCCGCAUCGGGAUUGAACUCGGAGGUCCGUUCACGCAACUCUCACCGUCAUCAGCAUCUCUUCGAACUGAUCGACUUUGCCCAACAGAUGCAAUGUGUUCUCCAAAAUUUUAAUCAAAAUCUACUGGAAUUCAACCUGAUUAUUCGCAUCGGUUACAACUGCGGCGACGUUACAGCCGGUGUCAUGACUGGAGGCAUCGGAACCAUGUCCAAAUUGCAUUACGAUAUUUGGGGCGAUGCCGUCAACAUUGCCAGUCGGAUGGACUCAACUGGUGUUCAUGGACGAGUUCAAACGACAGAAGCUUGCGUUCAAGUUCUAGAAGAGCGUUACAAUUUUGAAAAACGGGGCACAGUCUUUGUAAAAGGCAAGAAUGACAUGAAUGUCUAUCUGUUGUGUGAAAAGAAAAAGACAUGUCUGUCAUAAGCCUGCCCAACUGAAAUCAAAGCUGCCAUUUAACAAAAAAGAAGAGAACCAAUUACCUCUAAAUCAAGUGACCCUCACAUCACGGAGGUUGUGCCAUCCCGAAAGUCGUCUCUAGUUCGGCUUGUCGAUUGCUAACAAUGUUUUUCUCUUGAAUUAAGAUGAUAACAACUAACAAUCGCUUGCAUUACUGUUUAAUGUCAUUGUUUGUUAUACCAUUCCCUCUUAACUUCCCUCGCGUGCGCGAUUGCUGUAUCAAUCACUAGAACUUUAAUUUGUUUAGAUCUGAUGUGGUGUGCAUGUGAUCGAUGUUUCUUCCAAUCUCCGUCAACGAAAUCGCUGCCGUGCCUUUUGAACGUUUUUUUUUCUUUUCUUUCUUUUUGCCUUUUAAAAUCAAAAAUGAAACUAUUCUGCCUUCAAUGUGGUUUGUACUAAAAAUAAUGCCAAACUAUUUUAACCGUGUUCUUCCGUUUUACCGCGUAGUGCCGUUUGCCUGCGACCAAAAGAUGUGUGUUCUUAUUACAGUGAUUGUUUGUAAUGUACAGGGAUAAAAGAUAAAGAUCUGAAUGAAUCCCACGGCACCGAUUAAACGCACGGAUACUCGUGCUUUAACAAAAUUUAA